CCUACUACCCAAGGUGGGAGGACUUCGGAGGAGGGUACAGUAUUGACUCCCUCUACUUAAAUAAGAGAUUGCACAUAGAAGUAGAGAGUAUGGGGGACUGAACUGCAUUCAAUAACCCAACAUCACGGAGGGAAUUCCCUGACAAGAACGCACUAAACGCGAUUGGAGUGAAUGGGAUAAUACACCGCCAAUGGGUAGAGUGUCGGUAUAUCGCGUUCUUGGACCUCAGUGAUAAACAGAUGUCGGUUUUCUCUUCGCCAUUCAGAACCUUGGUUCGGUGACUCACUCUUCGUUAGUUAAUUUGCUGGAUCUCGUUGCCUGCCCGGUGAGGAGAGGAGUAACCUACAUAAUGAAGUUCAAGCCGAACCAGACCAGGACUUAUGAUGGCGAGGGCUUCAAGAAGCGAGCGGCAUGCUUGUGCUUCAAGAACGAAGGUGAAGAAGAGGUGUUGCUGGUGAGUAGCAGUCGGCACCCGGACCAGUGGAUCGUCCCAGGUGGAGGGAUGGAGCCGGAGGAGGAGCCCUGUGGCGCAGCAGUCAGAGAGGUGUUUGAAGAGGCUGGAGUGAAAGGCAAGUUGGGACGUCUGCUAGGUGUGUUCGAGCAGAACCAAGACCGAAAGCACCGAACGUAUGUUUACGUAUUGACUGUGACGGAGACAUUGGAAGCAUGGGAGGACUCGGUCAACAUAGGUCGUAAACGGGAGUGGUUCACGGUGGACGAGGCCAUCAAAGUCCUGCAGCACCACAAGCCGGACCACGCUGAGUACCUGAAGCGGCUUAAUCUCAGCUGCUCCCCAACUAACGGGAACUCCCUGCUCCCCAGCCCGCCCCCUAAUGACAACUUCCCCCGUUACGGCCCCCCCACCACGGGAUCUGUUCUGGGCCCCUCGCGCAGAUAGGACUGGCCCCUUCCCACGCCCAUGAACUAUCUUCUACCUGUACAGAUACACUGAAAACGGACAUUUUGCAUGAAUAUACGAAUCCUCAGAGUCACGACUCACGCGACAUGUAUGUAAAUGACUGUAUACUUGGACAAACCAAAGCCAUACUUGGAACUGUCUGGAUGAUUCAGUUAAGGAAUGCCUUUCAGUAACUUCUUUAAGAAUGUUCUAUUGGGGUCAAUUGUAUUAUUAUUUUCUUCCAUAAUUAAGUAAAUCACACAACAUGGCUGCCACAGAAAAGGGGUCAUUGGCUGACAAUAGGAUGGAAAAUGGUGGUGUCACUGGACCUCGGGAGCUGGCACAAUAUUGACAACAAAGAGAUGCUACCUCAGUUGGACGAGCACUGGAAGGACCGUCUUAGCACGGUGUCGGAUUCCCUUUGGCUGGUGUUUAACCUAUACUAACAAACUACAGCUCAAAAAUAUGACUGUUUAUCUACUUCAAGUAGGACCAUAAAGUGUGGACAGAAGACAAGGGCUCACUAUUAUCCCUCCCCCUUCACCUCAGUAAUUGGUGCCCUUCUUCAAGUAGUUGUAAAAACAACAAACAUUUUUAUUUUAUUUUAUUUUAUACGGAGCAUUUCACAUUUAAUUGCCUUUAAUUGUGUUGCAUUGAUUGUCAUCAUCUAUCAUCAUCAUGAAUAACACUAAUUUUAUAAAUUCAUUUAAUUAUUAACCCCGCCCCAUAUAUGAUCACUUCAAUCUUCAAAAGAGUCUCUUUACAAGUUGAAGGCAGACCCUCUUUAAAAUAAUAAUAUCUAUAUUUCAUUAAAUUGCCACAAAUGAUGUCUCCUCAAUGCUGAGAUAAUGUACCUUAAUCCACACUUGUGCAUCUUGUCUGACCACUGAAUGAGGAUUGAACCCCCCACACAGGGGAUCUGUAAAUACUUUGCUGCAGAGAAGUGUAGAGUUAUUUGUCUGGUUAACAGAAAUGCAACCAUAUUAACUUUUCUCCUCUCCAUCUUUUAGAUUGUUUUUCUAAUGAUGUAAAAAUAUAUAUACUGUAUAUAUAAAAUUGUUGUAAGUGUGUGUUUCAUGGAGAAAUGCUGUGCCAUGUAGUGAAGGUCUGACAGUAAAAAUGUUCCUCCUUUCAGUUCCACUUAAGAACAGAGAUGAGAUGACAUGGAACAACGAAUAGGAAAGUUGUCUGAAAGAGAAAGGGAGUGGAUGGAAAUUGGUGCUUUCGUUGUUGGAUUUAUGGUGGAACGGCAAUGGUGGUUAGGCUGAACCUGGAAAUGUUCUUACGAUGGACAUGGAUGUGAGAUAUUGUAGUUGAGAACACACUUGUAAAUUGUACUGCUUUACUGGAGAUUACACAAGCAUAAAAGUGGUUUCACUUUUUAAUCUUAUUACUCAACCACUAUCUCACCCAGACUCCCAGCAUUAAC